UCCGCUGAGGUUUGUUUCCCCUCAGCUAAUGUCACAACUACCUACAUUGUGCCGCAAUGAACAGCUCUAGAAUAUUAGCCCGUAGGAGAGAAUGGAUCUCCGGCCUGGACACCGUCUUCUCUCGGGUCAAACCACGGUCAAACUGCCGCCGGGGCCCGGAGGCAGCGCCGUGCCACAGCCGGAGCCAGGCCACCGACGCAAGUGAGAAACCCCGCCGGACAGCGAUCGACCUGGCCCGCAAAGUCCAGCAGGAGAGGACGACGCGACAGACUGCGGAGCCUCCGGUGUCCGGCCAACAGAGGAGGGUGAUGGAGCUGAAACGGUUCAGUCUGCAGCUUCAAAAUGUUCAUCCCAACGUGCUGGCCAAACACCUCCACAGAAGCGUCCUGUACCAGGAUAAACAUGUUGUGGUCAUCAAUAAACCCUUUGGUGUCCCUGUCCGAGAUGACGCGAGGGUCACAUCCAUCUCCUCUGUGCUUCCUGUUCUUUCCAAAAUGAUGGAUGGGAUGAAGGUCAAGUCUGAUUCUCAGAUGCUCCCCUCUCUGGGACUGGAGAAGGAGGCAACAGGAGUUCUCCUGCUGGCCAGGAGUGAAGAGGCAGUGGAGCACAUACUCAACCUGCACAGAAAUAACCAAGUGCAGAGAAAAUAUUGGGUCAUCACAGUCGGUGUACCUGUACCUUCUGAAGGAGUGAUUGACAUUCCCAUCAUAGAGAGAGAGGUCACAGGGCCUCGGCCGCACUACAAGAUGGCGUUAAGUCCUCUUUUCAGAAUGAAUGAUGCAGGUGAUGGUGUAACCAAAGUGCGAGCCCAUCGGCAAGCUCAUCCUGCUGUGACCAAGUACAGAGUCCUGGACAGCAGCAGUGGUUGCAGCCUUGUGGAGCUUCAGCCUUUUACUGGAGUGAAGCACCAGAUGAGGGUUCACAUGGCAUUAGCUCUGGCAUGUCCCAUUCUCGGUGACCAUAAAUAUUCCCACUCGAGCAAACUGGCACCCCAGAAAUUACCGGAACGCGUGUUGGGAAAGCUUGGACUGGAACAGAGCAAGAUCCGGUAUCUUCCUCUUCAUUUGCACGCUCGACAGCUGACAGUGUCAGGAGCCAGUCAAGCAGACAUUGAUGUGUCCUGUCCCCUGCCUAAAUACUUCACACAGACAUUGAAACAACUGCGUUUAAGCCUUACUGAUGAAAAAUAACAACAUCCUUGCUUUUGGUUAAAUUCUUUGCAAUCCAGUGGAUGUCUGCAAGUACUGGGCAUCAGGUGUGAAGGAUUUCAGUCAUAUGGGGGGGGGGGGGGUAACCAUUUAAAUUAAAUGGGAAAUUAAAUUAUAUCAAGCUGGGUUUUUCGUAGGGCUGUUGUGUAAAAUGAUCAAACACAGAAGAGACUGUGUAGAAAAGGACUGUACAGUACUAUACAACUCGUUUUAGUAAUAAACAAAUGAAGCAGAAGUGUAUUAAAACCUUUUGUCAAUGUAGUUAAUCCACAUUUACAUGUAAUUUCCCUGGAGGUACCACUAGGCUAUGGAUGCUGUUGGUGCAAGAAGUCAUUUUUAAAAGGCCCACAGUUAAUCCUUAUUUCAAAUGUCAAGAGUUGCAUUUCCAGACACUCACAGCGCUAAAUACUUUUCAUUAUUGAACUGCUUGACAUGACUCUUGAUACAAGGAUUAAUACUGCAUUAGCUAAACAAAGAUGAUUCCAUCUGCAUAUCCUGUUUAAUAACCUACUAUACAUACAUACAGGAAUAAGUUGGCAAAAAUCCUUGACGGGUGUUUGAAUCGAUAGCUUAGACCUGAGAAAAAUGUUUCCAACCACCUGCAUGACUAUAAUAUAGCACUUGACCUUGCGAAUAUCGGAGGGUCGACUCACUCAAAGAUCCACAAGCAUAAAUUAUGAUGUACUUUUUGAAAAAAGAAAAAAAACAGGCACAAGUUCUUCAGGUUUGAACAUAUCAAUACAUAUGAUCCAAAAUGCAGUCAGUAUCCAAAAAAAGUCAUGAGCGGUGGUCCCGGCAAUUGUCCAUUAAGAUGUAAUGCAUCAUAGUGGGACUUUGAGGAGAAGUAAGACGUGGUUAACGGUCUGUAAGGUUACGAAGUGAAGGGUCAAAGAUCUUCAUGUAUUGAGAAGACUGCACCACCUCUGCUCAGCUCAGAGAGCAGCAGCCCAAGAGAUUGAUCAUGAUCCAGCGGUGGUGAGACUAAAGCCUCGUUUAAAUUGCCAGUUA